AUGGAAAUUAGUUAUUUAUGUGCAGCACGCCAACGGGGAAUUGUAGUUGCCAUGAUCUCCCUCCAUAACUCUCUCUCUCUCUGCCAUCACUUUCCUUCAAUAUCUUCUUCUAGAGUUCUCUCUCUCUCUCUCUUCUCUCUUUCCAUCUUACUAACUCCCUUUACUCUCCAUCUCACUCACUACUCCUCCUCUUCUUGGCUCUCAUUUCUCCAUUUUCUCUCCCAUUCUAUCUCACUUUUCUUACCAUCACUCUUCUCUCUCAACCUUUCACUUGUUCCAUCUCCUCUCUCUCUCUCUCUCUCUCUCUCUCUUUCAGUCUUCAUUCUUGCACUCUCCUCUCUUUCAUUUUCACUCCCUCACUUUCCCUGCCUCUCUAUUUUUCUUUCUCUCUCUAAAUCUCCUUCUUGCCUCCUAUAUUCCCUUUAUCUUCACUCUCUCUUCUCUCUUUCCCUAUUCUCUCUCUAUCUUCCUCUGUCUUUCUCUUUAUUUCUCCCUGCUGAUAUUUAUUCAACUCACUUUUCUUUUUUCUUUCCAUCUCUCUCUCACUCUCUCUCUCUCUCUCCCCAUCUAUUAUAUCACCCUCCCUUUUUGCAUUUAUUACCUCAUCUCUCUCUAUUCAUUCUCCCUGAAUCUAUUUCCUCCCUCAUUUCACACCCCCCUCUUCAUCUUUGUGGUUUUCCAUUUUAUUUGUGUCUCUAA